AUGUUCACCGGGAGAAAGAAGAACUUCACCAACAAGGACUUGCAGAAGAUCAAUUCCACCUCAAACUCUAACAAUAAGAAUGUGACUUGUUUCGGAUGCAACAAGAAGGGGCACUACAAGAUGGACUGCCCGAAUCUGAAAAAGAAGAAGGCCCUCAAAGCGACGUGGGAUGAAUCGUCCAGAGAUGAAUCAGACGGCAGAGAACCGAAACACUCCAACUACCUCGCACUGAUGAUUGAUUCACCUCUCUUGUUAUCACCCUCUCUAGCCUCUUCCUGGGUUUCCAAAACCUUCGUUCUUCCCUUCUCUUGUUGUCUCUCAGUCUCCCUCGGCGACGUCCGAGCAUUUCUCCGCCUCUUCUUCUCACCUUCCUCACUUCCACAGAUAGAGAUGUUGCUCGGGAAGCGUUCUAGUCCACCGAUGAAGCGGACAGCUAGCUCGAUGGAGUUCUCUGACGGCGUCCUUUUCGACGUCGAGGCUCCCCAGCCGCUGGUUCAGGAUGGAUCGAUUUCAGGCCAACUCUUUGAUCUGCGGUGGGGUACGGCGGAGGUGGGGCAGAGAUCGCCAUCCAUGUAUGCGGGAUCCAUGGCCUCGCCCCGCGGGCGACUAGGUGGCGCCUUGGACUUCUCCGGACUGCCUGGGGCGGCAUCCUUCUUGAGGGCCUGCGGACUCUGCAAUCGAAGCCUCGGGCCAGGACGAGAUGCUUACAUUUAUAGGGGUGAGAUUGCGUUUUGCAGCCUCGAAUGCCGUCAGCAGCGCAUCAACUUAGAUGAACUGAAAGAGAAGCACUCCCCCAAUUCCUCUGCUACCAAAGGUGGCGCUAGUGGAUCACGGGCAGCUUCUUGAGCUAUCUUCGCCGUCGUCUAUAAAAUUCUCAGGCGCCCCAGGAAAAGACUACAAAUGCUACGGCCAGCAACCGAAUGGAUAUCAUGCGGUUAUAUAUUAUCCAGCAUCAACAAAACCAUCAGAAAAGAAGUUAUAAGACUUGGAAUGGAAUAAACAGAAAAUUACAUUGUCUCCGACGAUUUCUUUUAGAUCUCUCUCUUUCCUGUAAAAUGCUUCCCUUUUGGAAUGGAAUAAUAAGAUGGUAUUCAUA